AUGUUACCUAUAUUUGCCACCGAAGAAAAAUGCAAAUUUGCAAGCAUCACACUUCAAAAUUUCAAAGAUCACUUACAAAAGAAAGGAAACCUACGAGAAUACUCCUCUUUGACGUCAUGCGAGGUUGAAGUAGCAGGGUCCGUUUCCGUCUUCCCAGGUGAUGGUACCGACUUGGAUGGUCUCGAACUAGAAGAUGGAUGUCCGACAGCAGUAGGUGCAGAAUGCCACGGAGACGUUGACGACGACGGGUCUAGAGACGACGCGCCCAGCAUCAACGCACAUCAAGCGCCCUCGGAUAUCUAA